CAGAUCAUAAAAAUAUGCAAGCCCUCGAGCUCUUGAGGAUAUUAUUCGUUAUAGUAUGGAUCUGAGGAGGGCAUUGCACGGUCUCAUAAGAUAGGCGUCGCAUGACGAACACGUGUUCACUGUGAAUCGAGGGUUCGAUACAGCACGAGGCUCGACAUUCAGGUCAAGAUUGUAGGUCCUUCACGCGUGCUAGAUCACUAGCGCGAUGACGUUCGCUUCCAGAAAAGUUCGGUUCCGCGAUCGCGGAACAGCCUCAUCAAACACACGAUGCAUUCGACACUCCGCAGCAUACGGCCGCCCAGCAAGCUACUCGGGCUCACAAACCCGGCGAUCCGGAUACAGCUCGGCAACGCGACUCCAUCGCCGUCAUGGGCGCGUUCGUUCCACGCGUCUGCGAGCCUAAGGGCCGUUGAUCUUGCAUACAAGCUUCACGAUAACAAUGGGAAAGCCAACGGUGACCCCAUUGUGAUCAUUCACGGCCUGUUCGGCAGCAAAAGGAACAAUCAGGGCGUCAGCAACGUCUUUGCGCGCGAGCUCUCCCGCCCCGUCUAUGCUAUCGAUACACGAAACCACGGCGACUCGCCCCACGAUAAGGUCCACAACUACAACGCACUCGCCGAAGAUGUUGAGGCCUUCCUCAAGAAGCACAACCUAAAGAACUCGACCCUUAUCGGCCACUCCAUGGGCGCCAAGACUGUCAUGGCAAUGGCCCUGCGUGACCCGUCCUGCUGCGCCAACAUCAUCUCUGUCGACAACUCGCCCGUCGACGCCGCCCUCUCGUCUGAUUUUCCGAUAUACGCAGAAGGCAUGAAGAAGGUGGAGGAGGUCAAGCCCACGAGCCAGAAAUCUGCGGAUGAGGUCAUGCAACCAUAUGCCAAGGACCUGCCAGUCAGGCAAUUCCUAUUGUCGAACUUGGUGCGUCUGGCGCCUGGAGAGCACAUGCAGUGGAGGAUACCCGUCAACAUUUUGGCCAGGUCGCUCGACAAAAUGGCGGACUUCCCCUUCACGAACCCAGACGAGCACAGCUUCAGCAAACGCGCGCUGUUUAUUCGAGGCACCAAGAGCCACUACGUCAGCGAUGAGACGCUGCCCAUCAUCGGCCGCUUCUUCCCACGCUUCGAGCUGGUGGACGUAGACUGUGGACACUGGGUCAUUAGCGAGAGGCCUGAGGAGUUCAUCAAGGCUGUCAUCGAGUUCUUGAUGGAAGACCAGUGAUUGCAACGUCACAGUGAAAUGUUUUGAUGCAUUUGGCGGCAUGUUUGGACCUCAGGAGGCGUACAUGUAGACAUCUAGAGCAGGGUGCUCCGUUCAUACCCAUAGAUCUCCUACGUCGUUCAAAAAGAGAAGAUAGAGGAGGCAUAAUCGAUGACCCAGAACAGAGCUUGCGAUCAUAACAUCAUCCA